CUACUGGAUAUUACUGCUGAUCAAUUCAUCCCUCCAACCGUUACGAUGGAAGGUGUCAGCAUCACUGCCUCUGUUCUUAGCAUCACUACCGCAGCCGUCCAAAGCGUCCAGUUUCUCGUCAAAACCAUCGACAACAUUAAAGAUGCCCCCGAAACAAUCGGAGCUGUCAGUACCGAUCUUCGCAUACUUCAGCCGGUUUUGCAUGAUCUAGGAAAAGCUGCCCAAGACGACGCUUCACAGAUUGUGCUCAGCGAGCCUGUCAAACAUGCAGUCGAAAACUGCGCAAGAGCAUGCCAGACAUUUAGAUUACAGAUCGAGUCCUGGACAAAACACUCCACACAAGACAAGAUGUUCUGGGUCGACCGAUGGAAAAUCGGAUUGUUCGGGCUUGAACGGAUCAAGACGUUUAGAGGACAAUUGGGCGACUGCAAAGGUACCCUCAGCAUGGCCCUUGCUACAGUCGGAGUCUUCACAGCAACCCGUCAGGAGUACUUGAUGCAAGAAAUGAAGGAGAUGAUGCUCCUUACGCAUGAAGCUACGACCCGGCAGCAAAUUGUCCGAACAACCGACGAAACAAGGGAGAUACAGCUCAACAUCCAGCAAGUCCUCGACAACGAAGUAGUAGCUGCGUUGCCGCAAGUGGAAGAAGCUCAUCAAAGCAGAAGUGAGCUUCUUCACGAGCUUAGGCAGCAACAGGCUGCUAAUCAGAACUUUGCCAAAAUGUGCGAGGAAGCUCUUUCACAGACUCGAGCACAGCACAAGAUCAAAGGGGUCAAAGCUACAAGCUACGGCUCAGCUCUUACUGGGUUCAUCAACACUACUGGAGAGGAGUCGAAGAUCGAUUUGGAUGUCUCAGACGUUAGCGCCGACAAUUACGGUGUUGCUGUUGCUGGAGUUGUAAAGAAUUUUGACUUUAAAGACUUACGUCCUUCUAAGUAGUCUAGGGAGACCAAAGGCAAGUUGGUGUGGGGAGGGCAAUCUACUUCCUCCGAUGCAAUACAUCUAUAGUGAUCUGUGAGGCUCUAGUCAGUGAUACGGUUCUUUUGCAUGUAGAAGGCCGUCAGGCCACGCUCAUCUGUUGGGAUAUUACCGC